AUGAUAACUCAAAAAAAUGUAGAACAAACAAAUGAAAGGAAUGUAUUUAGUGACAUAAAAGAGACGGUUGCUGCUUCGGCAGCUCAAUCCAAAAAAAGAAAAACCUCUAAUGAAGAAGGUGCGGCCUCGUCAACUAGGCAGCUGGAGUUACCACCUUUCGGACGUGUUGAGCUAGGAGAACUCGACUUUUCAUCUAAGUCAUUAAACUUGCCGGAACUGAUUCAGAGUUAUUUGGCUGAAAAUCAAAUGCCAAAUAGCGGGACAACUGAACAUGAUGUGCAAGAAUGGUUUAAUGGCUUGAUAAGAGUUGCAAGUAGUACUAGCUCAAACGAACAAGCUAUUGAACUAAGUAAUCAAGAUAAUAAAGACUUG